CGCUGGACUCGGACGGGCCUGACGACAAUCGCUGGGCGACUGCCGCGGCCGACAAUAACCGCGCCACUUCCUCCGCUCGCCGUCACCGUGGGCGUCCGUUAAUAUUGUCAUUGUCGUUGUUGUUUUCGGUCAUGGCCAUUGUCGUGGACUGCGCGUACGGCCGUAGCAGAAGCGGCAGCAGCAGGCGGGUAGUGUUGGACCGGGUGCUGGGCAAGGGCGCGUUCAGCACGGUUUACAGGGCGCUGGUGGAACCGGACCGCAAGUACAUCGCGCUGAAAAUCGUCCAUUUCGGCGGAUGCGGCGACGGCGACGGCGACGACGACGACGACGACGUCUGGAAGACCGCCGCCACCGUCCAGGACUGUCUGAACGAAAUAAACAACCUCAAGGUCGGUAAUAAUAUCAAAAUAUUGCACCGGUGGCGUAGCUAUCACAGGACAAAGUGGGACAGUGCCCCGGGGCCGCGGAGCUCGGGGGGAGCCUCGGACGAUAUUCUGCAAAUUACUUCCUGAAAAUAAUUGCAAAUUUGAAUGUACUUAAUAACGAAUGUUUUAAAUCCUACGUGGUAAUUUCAGUCACAACCUGUAUUUGAUAAAUAUAAUAAUAAUGCAGAAUACGUAAUGAACGGUGUUCGCCAAACGGUAUAGUAUCCGUACCGAUAGUAUGGUAUAUUUGUAUGGCAUAGCAAAGUGUAAUGUACAUUGGAUUUCCUUUUACUUUGUUUAUUUAUCAUUUUGUGGUUUCAUGUUACCUAUACAAUGUUUACGUUUUGGCAUUAAAUAAAACAUUAUUACCUGCAGGUAUACUUCGAAUUUCCAUAGAGAUUAUAUGAAUUGUAGAGGGCCUAGUUUUUUAACUGUCCCGGGGCCCUUUCCCAUCUAGCCACGCCACUGUGUUGUACAUUUUUAUCGGUACGCAGGUAUGCCUGGGUACACGCGUUAGUAGCUAACACGUAGGUGCGUUAGAUAAAUAUUAUUGUCGUUGAGAGCGGUCGUAAAUACCGUAAUAAUAUUAUCAUGAUUCUGUGUAGCCGUACGGCAUUUGGAACACGACCGCCGAACCCAAACCGAACUCCUAUGGGCUAUAGAUAGGUACUCCGUUCUGGAGUUCGGUGCGAACCCAAACUAAAUCCAAUGUCCGACGACAAAUGUUCGGAUCCGUUAUUUUAUUUUUUUUUUUCACGCACGUUUCGCGGAAUAAUAUUAUUUCAGCGUUCCACGCUACGGUUUCGUUCGCUCGGUCGACAUUCUAUACAAAUUCGUAAUAAUUAUUAUUUUUAAAAAAAAUGUAAUACUUAUUAACGUUUUAGUUUCGAAUAACGGUUUACAGCGUACAUACACUAACUACUUUAUUUUAUUAUAAUUGCGUUUACGUUAAAACAAUAAGGAAUAACGAAUUAACAUGCGGAUGAAAUAAUGGAUCGGACCAAAACUCUAUUAUAGUACCCACUGGGAAUUAUCGGAACCUUUAAGACACCACGUUUAGAUUGAUAUUAAGGAGGUAAGCGAUACCGAUUUUGUUUACAUACGGCUCAAAAAUAACCGUAAAGUAGGUAUUAGGUAACGUCUUUCGAAACGAAUAAUAUUCGGAAAAUCGGACCAGUGUAAUGUAGCUCUUAAGAUUAGCGAUAACCGCCGUCUAAUUAAACGUUAAUUAAUUGCUGUAAACUAUUCACGGCAAGCAGUAGGUAGUUGUGUAGUGUUCCCGUUCAUUUUUUUAUUGAGAAUAAACCGUAACGCCCGAUCCUUUGUCUUACUUGUGGACUGUAUUGUUUACGGGGAAAUAUUUAUACUAAAUAUAAAUCGAGAUUACUCUUACAAAACACUUGGCGUUUCUAAAAACAGAGCGCUAUGUAUUUUAAGAAAACUGUGAAAUAAAUACGGCAAUUUUCAUUACUGUUUCGGUUUUAGUGACAUAAGUUAACAGCGGUACUGAUAAUAAUAUAAAAUAUCACGGCGGGGUUUUUUUUAACCAUUUGAAGGUAUACGCAGUACACCCGUGGUUUUUUUCAACAAAACGUUGAAGAGUACACGGCGUAUACGAAGCGUGCCCUAUGGGAACACCACUGACGACGGCAAGGAAGUAAAUUAAUAAUAAAUGCCGGGCGACAACGGUCCCGUCCACGGGUUUCAACUUUAGUUGAAUCGCGGAGAAAUACAAGGACAGACGUUUUUAUUUCAUUUUGUUUAAUCCGUGAACGCGUUCAAAUCCGUGCGGGACGACUAUUAUUAUCCUUAAUAAUAUCGCGUUAAACUGGACCGAUUUUCCGAAAUGUCGGAAUGUGUAGAAAUAUAUAUCACAGAUAUAUAAGUUUCGUCGCGUGACGUUUUUUGUUCGAAUAAUGUACAGUAUAAUGACAACAAAAAUAAUAAAAUAUUCGUCGUGUGGAAUCAUGUAAAGAUUAUAGAUAAUUCGUAUUCAGAAUAUGUAUUAUUCAAAUAAGUUUAAACAAAAUUAUUCAGAAUAUAUAAUACUAGCUGUCCCGACAAUGCUUUGCUAGAUUUUUGUAUUAUUAUUAUUUUUUAUAGCUGAAUUACCCGACAUAUUUUAAUAUUUUUUAAUACAUUGUAAUAGGUAAAUAUUAAAUAAACCAUAUCCGUCACAGGCUCGAGCAUUAUGUUCUCGAGCGGUUUUCAAUCUUGCAUCUUGUUGCUCGUUUGUUUCUGAAUCUCGUGUUAUCUUUUUAAUUCGUGUUUCAGACGUAGGACGACGAUCGCGCGUUUUUUCUGGGAGGCAUAACUGCACAGAAAUGGCGUUGAAAUUAAAUUAAAUUAAUUUAAAUUUUUUGAGCGUUGAUCAGUAAUCAAAAGUACAAUGAAAUUAACUAACAAUAUUUAGUAGAUACCAUAGGUACGUUGAAUUUUAGAAAUUUCAAUAGCUUCUCCGAAUAAACCUCCAAACCACGUGGCUUAUUUUGCAAAAAACGCCGUUAAAAUCGGCCCAGUAGUUUUUCAAUCUAUAAAGAACAUACAGACAGACAUUCCUUUUUAUAUGUAUAUAUAGAAGAUUACUAUCCUUGUCACUCACUAUUAACCUGAAUGUUCAGAUUUAAUAAUAGGUAUCCGCUGUUAGGUGCGUGUACAAGAGAGGGUUUUAGGGGUUCAAUUCAACCCCCCCCCCGAAAUUGCAUGAAAAUUAUGAUUAAAGUAGAUUUUUAAUAGAGUUUCAAAGUGGUUUCGGUCAAUGGGAAGGUAAAUACAAUUUUGGUGUUAUUUUAAUUUUAUUACAAGAUAUGUAGGACGUAGGUAUAUAUUAUUAAUUUAGUCAUUUCUAAUUUUUUGUGGUUUUCUAGCUUUUAGAAAAUUAUAGCUGAUACGGUUGUAGUCCGCUUGUAUAGUCCACAUCAUGAUCACAAUAAUGUAAAUUACGCGUUAUCAUUUAUCACUAAAACCAUAAUUAAAUAUAAUAUUUAGUAUUAGGUACCUAAAAGGCUAAAUAUGAAUGUUAUAAAAUAUUGACAUUUUUAAUGAAAAAUAAAUAAUAUUCCAAUUGAAAGUAUGUAAACUUCUUUGUUAUAAGGGUAUGAAAGCGUGUAUCCUUAAUCACCUCCCCCCAAUAUUUUUUUGUAAACGCAUCUGUACGCUGUGCUAUUAUACCUGUAUGUAGUUAGUUAAAUAAAUAAAAUAAAAUAUAUUCGAACAUUUCAAACAGUACCUAAUUGAAUACUUUUCGAAUAUUUUUCUUUUUCAGUUAAUUUAUUUCAGUUUCUUACUAACCGUUUUAAAAUUAACAUUGUACAGUAGCGAUUUUGAUAAAACAUCAAGGGGGGAGGGGUGAUUUUAAAUUUGUUGAGUCCUAUACUAUAUUGACAUAUAUUAAAUAAAGGAUACAAAUUUGUCUAUGAUCCUAUUAUAAAUUAUAUAUAACUUUCAUUUUAGAUUCUGAGUGGAGCAAAGAAGCUUAUAUUUUUACAUCUGUUUUAUCUGUGGACAACUUUUUUACCAGUGAUCUUGCUCCGAUGUAGCAACUUUUCCGAAAGAAAAUUUUUUGGGAAUGUACUUUAGGGAGGUUACUUUUCGAUUUUCUCCGAAGUUUUCUUAUCAAAUUUGAAAAAUCGAAAAAAACGGGAAAAUGUACGAAAUACUGGUCGUGUGUAAUUAAAAAACUUUAUUAAUUAUCAUUAAUAACUUAUCAGUAAUUCUAUAGGGACUUCUAGUUCUAAAAAAAAACAUGCAGGUAUACAUACAAAUAGACUUUAGAAAAUAACUAAAUAUGCAUUAAAAUAUGCUCUAAACAAUGUUUAUUUUUUUUUUAUUGCAAUUAUUUUCUAAAAACUUAAUUAUUAUUAUUAUUGGUAUUUAGGCAAAAAUUUUGUUUUGAGGUUAAUAAUUUGAGAGUUAUUAAUCUAAUUUAAUGGUUGUUUUUUAAUUAAUUUUUAAUUUGUUAACUAAACUAACUAUUUUAUGAUAAUUUAUUCGGCUAUGCUAUCCCACAUCAGUACCUAUGAAUGAACAAUGUAAAUCUAAAAAAAGCGUUUAUAAUACGUGCCAUACAAUAAGAUAAGAUAUGAGUGUAUGUUUCUUAUAUACCACUUAAGAGCUCAUAUACCGCCAAAAUAUGUUCUAAAAAUCAAAAACUGUAAAAUACGUAAAUAUAUACAAAAUAACAUUUAGGAUUUAGAUUUUUUACACAAUAAACUGCAUUUAUGUUUAACUCUGGUAUUUUUUUAAUCUUUCAAAAAUAAUAUGCAAAUACUAGAAGCCUUAACCCUAGUUAUCAGGCAUUAUGUGAAACUGCAAAGAACACGACGACGUUUUACCGUAUAAAAUUCGUGUAAAUGGCUCUAGUAGUUUUUCUGAAUUCGUUUGUAGAUUCCUAUUAUAUAAUUGCUACAGAAACUAUAUUGACCUUAAUAAUUGACCUAAGAUAAUUUCAUUUUCGUACCAAAAUCAUCUAUAAACCAAUUUUAUAAAAUAUUGUCAGAUUUAUACUGGUAAAUAUACAGUGGUAAAUUCAUAUUACUAAUAAUAAUAAUAAUCCCCCCCUAACAAUUUUCAUAAUUUAUAAACAUAGUGAAGAGCAUAAAUACUAUUGUGUUAAUGGGUAGGGUAAAAUUCUAAACCCAUCACAGACUUGACAAAAUAAUAAAUGGUGAAUAAAAUCCACCAAUGAUUAAGUUCGAUCAUAAGCGACUCAUUUUUUUUAACGUUUAAGAGUUGCUUGUUUUUCGUCGGUAACUAUUGUAUUGCGUUGUUAGUGUUUUUUUGAGUUUCAAUUUUUAAGAGAGACUACAAUGCUUAAACUAAAAAUUAAUAUAUCGAUUAAACUAUUCUGUCCUAAACUGAACGAAAAUUCGUAAUAUGUAAGUUUGUGCGUUUGUAAGACCGGGGCAAUGUGUUUUCGUAUACCUAGUAGUAACUUUACAGGUCUCGUUGGUCGUAUAAAUUUAAUUUUAGUGAUAAACUAUAAACAUGAGAAGUUGAGCAAAAUGUUUAUGGAACGAAAACUCAAGUUUGUAUGAUUAACGAGGCCAGAGUACUUUCUAUUGGAGUUACGAAAACACAAUUUUGUUCAAUAUUGUUCGUAUGAUUAUAUAGAUAGAGACGGCGGAUCCAAGUCCUCUUAAUUAUAAAUUAUUGAUCCAAAUUAUAAUUAUUAUCAUUAUUAGAUUAUGUUGUUUAAUAUAUUUAUAUUACAUAAUACCUAUUCAUAAUUAAUUCAAAUUUAUUAGGCAUUGUUUAGAAAAUAAAUGAUUUACAAUAAUACUUUUCUAAGAAUAAUAUAACUUUUGAUUUUUAAAAAAAUGUUUUUCGGGCAGAGUCAAUCUAAUGAUAAAAUGUUGUAAAAUUGCCCCACAUUAUUUCCACACCACUUGGCAUGCCUAGUGAUAUCAUAAAUAUGGGAAGAACUGUAGUAAAUAAAAUUCAUGAUUCAUGAACAAAUCGUAGAAUCUUAUGAUGCAGUUGUACCGAACCUGACAAAGAGAAUUUAAAAGUCUGAUUCAAAAAAGGCAAUUUUUAUUCAAUAAAUCGAGCUUUUUUUUGUAACGUGGCUAAAAUAUAUAAUUUCAAGAAUUAUUAAAUUACGGAAUAAACACUCAUUGUCCUCCUACCCUCUCUCCGAAAAUAAAUCCUGGUCGAUAUGGGACAAAAAGUGUGAUUAAAAAAAAAAAUAAUAAUCCAUCGUUUGUUUAGUGCGAUAAAUUUAUGAUACUCAGAAGUCGGAAUACAAUAUUAUCGACGUGAUUUGUAAUUGACAUUUGAUUAUCAAUACGAUAUUCACAUAAUAUUACGAUUGCGUCAUUUUAUAACGAUUUUCUUAUGUACCUAGUGCGUUUGAGUUUGAAUUCUCACAAGUGUUCGGCGAUAACUCAGUUAUUAUUACAUGUUGGUACACCACGAACAAACAUACCGUUCUAAAAACACACGUUUUUAACAGCUAGGUGCGUUGAUGUUUUGUCAACAACAGUCUUUCAAGUGUAAUUAAUAAUAUUUCAGAUUUCAGUACAAUAUAGGCGUGUGGUAUUAAUAUGCUGGUUGGCAGGUACGUAUUGUUGUUAGAAAAUAAAAAUAUGUUGCCUAUAAAUAAGAAGAGGACACGACACAGGUCGCAUUUACUAUCUAGGUCCGUCCAACGGGCACGACACAGCAAAAUUACGUGAAUAAUAUUAUUAACUAUUUUGGCGGGCAGUCAGGUUGAAAUAAUUAUUGUUAAAACACAAUGUAAUCAACAAAAUUCAAAUAGAUUUAAAAAUUUUAAAUAACCAUGUAUAUUUUUGUUUUGUUUUUUAAUAACUGCAAUUUUUUUUUUGAUAAUUGUUUGGACAAAAACUGCGUCCUUUUUAAAUUUUGUUAUUUAUGUUCAAACUCUAAUUUUUACCUAAAUUUCUGUCUCGGUCUACUGUUGCGAGUAUGAGAUGCUCUUAAUAACAAGAAAUUAAAUUAAAUUAUUUUUAUUGUUGCGUUUAGAUUGAAAUAAUUAUAGAGUUUAAACAAGAAUAAUACAAUUUUAAAAGGUGCAUUUUUCGAAAGAACUAUGCAAUGUAUAUGUUGCUUUUUUUCUAAAAUUACGCGAAAACAAAAACUUAGGAACUUUUGUUUGAUGAUAUUUCAGAAAAAAAUUCAGCGUAAUGCCUUCGACAAUAUUAUUCACUUUAAAUUGUGUUACCCGUAUUUAAACUCUUCCUAAUAAAUGUCCACCAAUAAGCGCCAAAAUGUUAAUCGUGUCCUCUUAAACCAAGAGUUAUUAUUAUAUUGUAGUUAUGAGAUUCGCAGUUACUUGCUGUCAUCGAUAAAGAGAUCUGUUUUUUUUGUCAUCGUCGGACUUUUUGUUUCACUCAUUUUCCAUAACAUAUUUUUUUCGGACCUUGUUCUCCUGCAUUGCACUUUUCCGACUUGUAAAAAUGUCUCGUUUUAUUAUGAUGUUUACUUGAUGUAAUUUUCGUUUCUGUGUACAACAUUUAUAUCAGAAUAUUAGAUAUUUUGUUCUAAUCAAAAAACGACAAGAGAGUUUAUUCGUAACACUUAUUUGGAUCUAGUGGGUGAAUUGGGGUGGUCAUAUUUUGGUCUUCUUGAUAAUCGGGAAAAAUCUAGCAAAACGUAGGAAAAACGUUAAGGUUUUCGGCAUUAACGGUUUCAUUAAUUUUAGAAUUGAUUUUUUUUUUUUUAUAUAAUUCAGUUAAAAAUAAUCGAAGAGUCCCAAUAUUUUCACAGAAUAUCUAUAUUAGCCAUUUUUAAACGAAAUAAAACCUUCAAUAAUCCUGAUUUUUGUGUUCUAUGGGCAUUUAACAUUUUCGAGGUUUUUUCAUUCAAACAGAACGCUGCGUACAGAUUUAAAUUAACUUAAUGUAUCUGACCAGUGGCAUAGCCAGAAUUUUGAAAUGGAGGGUGGGCAAAGCCGAAUAUAUUUAAAAAUAUACUCAACGGUUAACAAUCAUAUUGUUUUAUAACUUUAAAAAUUUAAAUAAAUAUUAAAAAAAAUGGACAGACAUACUUCGAACGUGGGUGCAGCUACUGUUGUUGGUAAGACGUUGAGAAGAUAGGAUACAGACGGGAAUUUAAUGUAUAUCUGUAAGCAACGAUAAACCAUUGCUAACGAAAAAACGAUUCUGAGCGGAGUUCAGUUGAUAGUGUUUCUGUCAACAAUAUAUAUGUCAUAUUAUGGUUAAAUUAUCACAACAAUUUGCGUUUCUAUGAUAACAAUAAUCGUUUAAAAAGAUUUAUUAAAAUAAUAAAAACUUAAUAACAAAAAAUAAAUAAAACCGGUUGCCAAUGGCAAACUUAUUUUUAAUAUUUCUAUUUUUUUUUUAACCUAAAGAACCAGGUUUUCCUCAUUAUCUCAAAUAUCAAUGAGAAUUUCAAAAAAUGAUUUCUCUAAAGUACCACCCAGAGAACAUUUUCUUCCAGAAAAGGAGCUAUACUUGAUAAUCGGUGUAUGCUUUCUGGUAGAAAAAACGUUCACAUAAGGGAAAAAAUAAUUAUCAUUGUAAAACCAAUACAUUCCUCACUGCACUCAAAAUCUAAAAUAUAUUAUUUACAAAAUAAAACUGACUGUCUGAUAAGUUCUUCAUUCUGACUAGUCUAUUCCAUGAGAANGAAUUCAUUUAAAUUCCCUGCACAUAACCACCAGAGUUUAUGAAGAGUUAUACAACGUGCUUAAAUGAUCAACUAUUAUUGUGCGAGAUAUACAUUGCAACAGCUUGGUCAUCUAUGUUUAAUCAAUUUUAAUCAUGUAUAAUAUAUUAUGAAUUAAUAUUACUAUUAAUUUUACAAAAUUAAGUUUUAAAUUAAAAAAAAAAUAAUAAACAUCUGUCUAAAACCAAUAAAUAUUUUAUUUUAUUAAUAUUAAUUUUGACCAAUAUAACAAUAACAAACGUUAAUGUGAUUUUGAAGAAAACACUUGUAUAACUCCUGUGAUUUUUUCUGAUUUGUUUAUCUGUGUCAUAGCUAACGAAUUAAUUGUCUUUUCAUUCAUAAUUGAUCGUAAAUAAUUCUUCAAUCAUUUUAGAAUAAAAAAUAUGCGUUUUGGUAUGGUUGAUGUUAUCGGUAAUGUUGCAAAUAAUUGAAGUAACAAUUUCACAUUAGGUAAUUUGGAUAAAAACUGAUUAAAAUAAAUUUUCUUUCAAAUAAAUUAAUAAGUUUGAAGAGCAUUAAUGAGUAGCAUAUUUUCAAACGCAUUAAUCAACUCUAUAGGUUUGUUCGUAAAUGUGUUGGUACGGUCAAUAUGGGGGGAGGCAUGGCCCACUAACCCCCUAUGGCUUCGCCACUGUAUCCGACCUUUUUUAUUUCCCGCUUUCAACAUAUUAAAUCUUAUUUAUUGAAUAACAAUCGUCACACAAUUGUAUAAAAUGUUAACGAAAUCGUUGAAAUCUGAAAUCAUUUUUUUUUUUUACGUUUUUGCUGUUUAUAUUUACGAUAAAUAUCGUAUGGUUGUAGUAAUAUUAUUAUAAUAUCCUAAACACUUAUAUGCGUCGAACAUUAUUUUGUCUAGACUCUUGAGUAACAGACUAAAUACUAUUCUUAUCGUAAUUUCAAUAAUUUAUAGUGUAUUGGUAUAUAGGUACAGUUCAAUAAACCCGAUGAGAUAUGAAGUCGAAUGGAUUUUUUUUCUCAAGUUUAGACGUUUUUUUAUUUUUUACGACUUAGAUUUAUACAAUCGGUUUAGAUUAAACCGAAAAAUUUAAUAUUCUUCUGUGUAAUUCUUUUACACAGAAGAAUAUUAAAUUCUCCUUCUUUUUUUCUACGAACAAAUUUUUUUUCCAGCAAUUUUGCUCCGAUUUACAAUGAUAACCCUUUUUCUGAAAAGAAAUCCGACUGGGAAAGUACUUUAAGGAGGUCAUUUUUCGAUCUCCCUAAGAGUUUUUCCAGCAAAUGUGAAAAACCGGGAAAAACAUGGGAAAAACUGGAAAAUCGGUAAAAUAUUAAACAAAUAUUAUUUAAAAAACUGUACAAUGCUUAUUUAAUUAUUUUACCAUAAUAUGAUAUAUAUAUUAUUGACAAGUCAUCACUAUCAACUGAAUUCCGCUCAGAAUCGUUUUUAGAAAGCAAUGGUUUAUCGUUACUUAUGAUACAAUUAAUUUAUUCUCUAUAUCCUACCUUCCCUUCUUCUCACCAACAACAGUAGUUGCACCUGUCCCCAUUAUCCUAUUUUAUAGUUAUAUUUUCAACAAGUACUCAUAAUAUGUACAUUAAUUUUCAUCACACUGUCACCACCCACCAACAAAAAAAUUGGCCGGACAGUCUCCCGACCUGUACACCGAAUUCGGCGCUACUGACCAUCAUAAUACUUCAGGCGUAUACGUGUUAACGGGUUUUCCGAUUUGUGGAAGUAAAUUUGUUUUUUAUUUGGUUUUAUAGGUAUGUGAAUUAAAUUGUUUUGGUCGGCAAAUGUUCAUUCUCGAAAUUUGACACACAAGGUAUUACAAGUUCUACUUAAAAUGAUACAAAAAAAUAAAGUUUUUCGUAUUUAGAUUGACCAUUCAAAGUUAAAAUUUUGAUGGAAAAUCAUAAAAACCACGGACUUUCGUGUCGGAGAGAGAGUAUCUGUAAGGAGGCCAUAUGAAGUUUCAUAUUUCUGAUCUGUUUCCGAGCAUGUUUUUAUCAUAAAAUAUCAAUGAGUCCUUACUACAAAAACAAUUGAAUUGAACUAAAGACGCCCUUGUUUUGCGUACUCUUUUCCAAUUUUUGUGGGUGGAAAUUUGGUGGAGAAUUUAUGUGGAUUAAGAAAAUAAAAUACGGGAAGUAUGUGCUUAAUAUAAUUUUGAAUUUUCAAAUUUACGUUUUUAUCAAUACUUGUACAUUUAACCGAACUUCGCUUAUAAUCGUAUUUCUUUUCCACUAUUGACACAGUGCGAAGUGUAAUAUGUCUCCUGUCAUUUUUUUUUUUUUUUUUUUAUAGACAAUAUAUGAGCUGUAGGUUGAAUGAUUGAGUUAUAUUUGUAGAUAACUAAAGCUAUACUAUUGUGAAAUACUGAAAUCAUAAUAUUAAACGUGUAGUUAUUAUAGCGUAUUAAAUAUUAAUACUUAUCGAUUAACCCUCUUCACUUUGUUGAACUCGUUAUAAUAUUAUGUAUUUAUUUUAGAGUCUUUACAUGUCAAUACUCUGAGAUAGGAAUAUUGUAAUUUAAAAUAAUAUAUAAUAUUACAGUACUAUACAGAUCACGGUUUUCCUAGUAAUCAGCGUUAUAAUAAAGACUAAUAAUAUGUUAUGCGGUUUUGUUAUCUGAAUCGUAUAAAACAUACAAAACGAAAUGGAUACAACUUUGUGUCUAAAGGUGUAUAAUGUUAUGAUGAUGCACAACAACAAAGACGAGAAAACAUAAUAAAAUAAAUAAUUAUUAUACAAUAUUAUAAUGUUCCUACACCGAUAUCCUCUUGACCUCGUUUAGUAAACUUCAAUAUUUACUCUUGUAUUAGUAUUGUACAGAUUUCGAACGAUACUAUUGUGUAUAUAGAUAAUUCAAUACUCAGUUUAAAUAAUUGAAACCAGUGAAGUUCGGUUAAACAGUUUUUAAGAAAUUUAAAAAUGUAUAUUGAUUUGUGAUUUCAAAACAAAUUGCAGUUGGAAGUAUUUUUAACAAAUUUAAUCAUAAUAUAUUUGAAUUUGAGAUGCUAAUAAAAAAAAAAAACAAUUAUACUUGUGUUCACAUUAAAUAAAAUAAAUUUGAACAUUUUAAAUAGAUAUAAAUAAUUCAAAAAAACCGGAAUGUUUGGGAAAUUGUAAAAUGUCUGUACUCUGGAAAGUGCAGUUAAUUCAUAAGUUCGUUACGAGUCAUAGUUAAUAUUUUGUUAGAGAAUCAUUUUAGUAGUUUAAAAAGAUUUGAAUACGUUUCCUAUUUGGUUGUAUAUAAAAUUAAACUAAAUUAAAAUAACAAUGUUUUAAUAUACAUGUUUAAUAAUAUGUUUUAUAAACAUCUAAAACGAAAGCGACAUAUAACAUUGAAGCGAAAUUUCAAGAAUUCAAUUAAAUUAAAGUCACCGUCACUGACAUAAACUUUUCAUUACUUUUAAACCUAUUAAAUUUCACGCUUCUCUCAUAAUCUUAAACUAAUAAUGUAAUUAUGUCUAUGUUUAUAUUUUGAGCGUAGUGGGGGUUUCAUAUGAUGUGUUUUAGAUUCUGAGCGGAGCGAGCAAUGUAUUGGUUUUACAAAUAUGUUUAUUUUAAAUUUUCUUUACUGUGUACAAAAAUUUUAUCAGAAAUAUUGCCCCGAAGUAUAAAGUAUAGCACUUUUUCUAAAAGAGAAUUUUUCUGGGGUGGUGCUUUAAACAGGUCAUUUUUUUUUUUUUUGAUUUCCCUAGGGGUUUUUAUAUUAAAUGGGAAAAAACGUAGGAAAACGUACAAUUCCACGAUUUCAUUAUUUUAUAAAAACACGGACGACGUUUUCUACCAGAAAAAAUGGUUUAAUCGAAAAAUCCCAAGUUAAAAUUUUUUUUUUCUUUUUCAUUCACUUUCUAACGGUAUGAUUGCCAAAUAUUUUGAGCCACAUUUGAGCUUUUAAGGAAUUUUAAUUUUUGGGAGGUUUUUUGCUGUAAUUUGAUUAUAAAUACACGUAGAGACUUAAAACAUGGUCAUAAUACUUAUAUUUGACUUACUUAGAGUUGGCAAAAUUUCUAAAAUCAUCAGACGACUUUUUUUUUUAAUAAGCAUUUUGAAAUCAAUUUUAAACAAAAAUCGCAAAAAAAAAUUACGGCACUUCAAAUUAUGUAUUAGCAAACUGUGCUCAGAAUCGUCUUUCGUCAAGCAAUGGUUUAUCAUUGCUUACAAAUAUAAAUGAAAAAACCUUAUAUAUCCAACCUUCUCAACUUAUCAUCUACAAAAGUGGCCGCUCCCGUCCACAGUAUCAGCUCUUUUUUAAAUUACUUAUGUCACUUUAAAUUAUCGUAGUGGUUGUGCAUUUGCAGAAAUAUUUUUUCGAGAAAAUUGAUUGCUAUGUCCAAUAUAUAAAUGUAUGGGUAAGGUAACAUUAUUUUAUACAGGGUGAUUGUUUUUAUCAUGAACUGGUAAUUAUAUCGGAAGAUUUUAAGUGAAUUUCAUUUCUACUAUUUUUAAUCUUCGUAGAAUCGUUUAAGCUUUAUUUUAAAAUCUUUUUUUAAUUUUUACCCUUUCUUUAUAUAUCUUCAAUAAGAAUAUACUUUUGGUUUUUAAAUAGGAACCCCAUUUUUGAACACAAAUUGGAAUAGAGUAUAUUUUUCUAAAAAUUUUGAUAUGUGUUAUACUAAUAUCAGAUUUACAGUUACAACUGUUUAAAGUUUAGACCGGAGGAGUACGGAAGAGUUAUCAAUUAAUUUUUAUCAUUUAAAAGUAGAUAUAAAAUGUAUAGAGUAGAGGUAAAAAAUUAAUAAUUAUUUUAAAAUAAAACAUAAACGAUUCCACAAAGAUUAAAAAAAAUAUAAAUCAAAUUCACUAAAAUUAGUGCAUUUGAAAAUAAUUGUAUAAUUAUAGGUACCUACUUUAAAAAAUAAAAUGUUUGACAAUCUAGGUGAAUUUAUAUUUAUUCUUUUUGUUUGGUAAUAUGCAAUACUAUAAUAUUAUAUAUAAUAUUAUAAGGAUCUACUCUCAAAAAAAUAAAAUUUAUUUAUAUCAAUAAAAUACUUAUAUUUGACUUACCUAGACUUGGUAAAAUUUCCAAAAUCAUCAGACGACGUUUUUUUUUUAAUAAGCGUUUUGAAAUUAAAUUUAAACGAAAAUCGCAAAAAAAAAACUAUGGCAUUUCAAAUUAUGUAUUAGCGAACUGUGCUCAGAAUCGUCUUUCGUCAAGUAAUGGUUUAUCAUUAAUUACAGAUAUAAAUGAAAUAACCUUAUGUUUCCUACCUUCCCAACUUCUCCCUUACAACAGUGUCCGCUCCCAUCCUAAGUAUCAGUUCUUUUUUUUCGUUUUAAGUUGAAUUACUAAUGAAUCACUUGUUAAAUUUCCAUGCAUAUCUAUUUAAUCAAUCAAUUUUAUCCACAUAGUAUUGACCAAAAAAAAACUAGAAAAUAUAAUAAUAAAACAAAAUUGAAAAUAAUGAAAUCAUUAUGUCCGUAUACUGUCUCGAUCCUUCUACGUUUUUUUUCCCAGUUUUCCUUAAUUAUAUAAAAAAAUUACACGGAAAAUCAAUAAACAAAUUGCUUACUUACCAACUAGACCUAAAGAACUAUAAAAAUGUUCUUUUGUCGUUUUUUUUUUGAACAUGAUUUCUGAAACAAGAAAUAAAAUAAACAAACAUCAUAGUUAAACCAAUACAUUAUUCACUCCGCCCAGAAUUUAAAAUUAAAACAUAUUUUCAUAUUAUUAUUUACAAUGUUUGUUUUGUUUAAUCUGUAAUUAGAAACUGAAUCAUCCUAAUAUCAUUCGAUGUUUGUGGUGGGAUUUUGCGGACACUGAAUUAAAAAUCGGCUUGGAACUGGCCACCGGUGGCGAUCUGAGACGGAUCAUCCGCGAGCACUAUGAUAAGUUUUGUCUGGUCCGAGAACCGAUCGUCUGGUCUUGCACUGUCCAGCUGUCUAGUGCGCUUUAUCAUAUGCAAAAAUCGCGAAUCAUGCACAGAGGUACCACAAUUAUAAUUAUAUCACAAUUAUUGUGUUAUAACAUUUUUAUUUUUCCCAUAUUAUUUUAUGAUCAAAAUAAGACAAUUACGGUACAAUUACGAUUGGACGGUUGAGCUGGGCAGUUAAAAUAUUACUAAUAAAGCGGUUUAGUCGAAAGUAAGGAUACAAAGGUAUACAGGACAGAAACCUCUCCCACUUAGCAUUGAUAAAUAUUUUAAAAAUAGUACUUACCUGUACUAAUUUUGUUUAGUGUAAAUGUUGCACGUUGUCACGAGAUAACUGGCAGUAUUAUAUUAUAAGUAUUACUAAAUUUAGAAUAUAAUUGUAUUAACGAUCAAUCUAAUGUGAUAAUUUAAUUUUGUAUUAUUGGUAUAAAUUAGGAAAGCCCACUCUGUAAGCAUGCGAAGUUCUCAGCUUUAAAACUUAUUUUAAACAUUAUAUAUUUUUAUAAUUAUAUACACAAUUUCGAAUGACCUUCAAAACCUUAAUAUUAUAGUAUAUUAUGUUUAUAUUUAUAAAAUAAAAUAAUUAAAUAUCUUACUUUGUAAUUAGUUGAGAGGACAUUUUUAAAAUUCUUUAAGCAUUUAUAUUUUGGCAUCUAUGUUGAUAUGAGGAAUGUUUUGGUUUUACCAUGAAGUGCGCUUUUUUUUUCCUGUUUGUAACAUUUCUACCAUAAAUCUUGCUCCAAUCAAAAGAUGACAGAAGAGUUAUUAUAUGGAAUUUAUAGUUGGUACAAUGAGGUGGUUAUUCUUUUUAUUUUAUUUUUCUUAAAAACUGGGACAAAACGAAAAAAAUGGAAAAGUUUACGAAACUGUUGGGUUUUAUUAUUUAUGAUUUUGUUUUUUUAGAUUCGGAGACUAGUAAGGAAUGUAUUGGUUUUACGAUGAUGUGUGUUUUUACAUUUUUUUAUAUUUUUUUUGUGUGCGUGUGAGAAACUUUUCUACCAGAAAUCUUGCUCUGAUUUGUUAAGUGUAACACCUUUUUUGAAAGAAAAUUUUAGUUAGUGACUUGGUGCAAGGUUAUUUUUUGAUUUUUCGAGGGGUUUUCAUAAUAAUCGGGAAAAACAGAAUAAAAAAAGGUGGACAUUGCUUCAAAAUGGGCAAAACAUUUUUUUUUUUUUCAAUACCUUAAAAAUAUGUACAAAUUUUGAAUUUCGUAAUUAAGUGUUUUUGGACCAACCUAAUAUAUAUGUAUAUGUAAGUUAAUUAUUUAUUAAUUGUAUUAUAUAUAUAUUCAAAUAUGUAUACUUAUUUAAAUUAAAUCAUUUCCGACAGGCACAGACAAAAUAUUCUUUGGUUGAAUCUUCGUGUCCUGUCGUGCCGUGCUUUUUACGGAUAAUUAUGUACAGCAGCGUAUUUUCAAAUUGUUUGUAGGGGGGGGAUUGGUUAUAAUUUUUCUAAAAAGUGAUUUUUUUAUCAUGAACUAACAUUAUCUCGGAAAUUUAAGGGAAUUUGAUUUAUAUUUUUUUUAAUCUUUGUAGAAUCGUUUAAGUUUUAUUUUAAAAUAAUUUUUAAUUUUUUACCUCUGUUCCAUAAAUAUUAUAUCUACUUUUAAAUGAUAAUUGAUAACUCUUCCUUACUCCUCCAGUCUAAACUUUAAACAGUUUGAACUCAUAAACUGUAAAUCAGAUAUUAGUGUUACACAUAUUACCAUUUCUAGAAAAAAAUAUUCUACUCCAAUCCGUGUUCAAAAAUGGGGUUUCUAUUUAAAAACCAAAAGUAUAUAAUUAUAUAAGAUAUAAGAAGAAAAGGUAAAAAUUAAAAACGAUUUUAAUAUAAAGUUUAAACGGUUCUACGAAGAUUAAAAAUAAUAGAAAUCAAAUUCACUUAAAAUCUUCAGAGAUAAUUACAGGUUCAUGAUAAAAAAAUCACUCUGUAUAAAUUAAUGUUCUCUUUCUCUAUACUUUCGUAGCAAGUCAUUUAUGACUUUUAAAUCAUAUUAUUUUUUUUUGAGGGUGGUUGUGACCCGGGACCUCCCCCCGAAAAUACUCCACUGGAUGUGUAUUACUGUAAAGAAUUAAAUAAUAGAAUGUUUUGUCUGGCCGUGCCUUGUCGUAAAAGUUUAAUUUCGGCUUUAUAGUAAAACCAUUAUAGUCCUUGAAGUGCUCUACAGAAUCUAAAAAAAAUUAUGGUGCUGAGCUCGCAACAAAAAGUAUUGUGCUGGGCUGUUAGAUUUUUGAAUUUUCAUGGGCCGUUCUGAUACAAGUCCGCCACUGAAAAAAUGUUCAUUAUACACACUAUACACAUUUACAGAAUGAUCAAUCAUCGAUAAGAUACUUAUCUCAGAAAGUAUUAACGUUUUUAGGAAUUUAUUUGUGAGGUAUGAGAAGAGUAGUAAAACGCAAUUCAAACGCCACACGCCAUUUUGCCACACAAAUGAUGCUCCACUAUUUGUCUACUAUUCAAACUUAUAGUCGAAUAUCCCGAAUUUGAAUGAAAACUUUAUAUAUUUAUCGAAUUUUUAAAUAUAAGUUGCUAUUUGAAAAGAAAAAGUGGUUUCACCCUCGAAUUUAAAAAUGACAAAAAAAAUAAUGGAAAUGUAAUAUUUUAGAGCUUUAGAGAUAUUUGUUUCUUAAGUUAUCAAAAACAAAAAUCCAAAAAAAGUUAGUAUUUUCCCGAAAUAAUGAGUGUCUUAUCGUAGAUUGAUCAUUCUUUAUAUGCGAAUACAUUUGUUAUAGUUUUUAAUUACUACGUGAAAUUUUAGAUUAAAAUUUCAUAUUAUAUCCUAUAAUAAAUUAUUAAUUUAUAAAUAAAUCAUCUGUUGCAUCUUUUUGUCGCUAACCAAGAAAUAACCAAAAUUAAGCUAUACCAAAAAAGAUCUAGAGGAUAAACUGCUGAAAAAAUCGAUAAAUGUUUCAUAAAAAGUACCACUGGAACAGAAGUUCUGCAUCUUUUAAAGUAGUGCGUGAAAAGGUUGGAGCAUUUGCCUAACUAAAAGAGUAUUUUCAACAAAAACUAUACAAGGAGUUAUUUAUUUGAAAAAGUACUAGGAAUUUCAAACAAAAUUUCUCAUAAAAUAGGUACCAUCAGUUGAGAAAUCUGCAACUUUUAAGAUAUGCCACGCAAUAAUCUGAAUAUUUUAAUUAGCUGUAAAAUUGUUUAUCGAGAAAAGAAAACACAUUUUUGUAAAACUUACAAGGCUCUUUGUAUUGUUUUUUUUUGUUAUGCCCCGAAUUUAAAAUGUACCUUUUUUAAAACCCAGUACUUGAUAAUACCUGUAAUACUGAUAAUAUUUGUAAUACUUGAUUAGUAUUAUAUACAUGAUAUUAUAAUAACUAGUAGGUAUGCUUGUCCAUGUCUUUAAAUUUAUAAUAUUUUUUAAUAUGAUGUAUGCCUUAUGAUUUUAAUAUACACAAUAAUUAAAGGGUUUUACGAGAAAAUAAAAAAUGAUUUGAAACAGUAAUUCAAUGUAUUUUUAUUGCCUUCAUAAUAUAGACAUUAAACCGGCUAACAUUUUCGUGUACGGAUUGGAAGAAUCGAACCAGAAGCCGUACGAACGAUGGAAAAGAAUGAAAAUUAAACUGGGCGAUUUCGGGUUCAGUAAAGAAAUGUCUAACACGAAGGACCUGACGUGUCGGUCCGUGUUGGGUUCUCCACUGUAUAUGAGCCCCGAGAGAAUGUUACACCAAAAAUAUUACUUCGAUAGUGACAUAUGGUCAAUGGCUUGUGUCAUAUAUGAGGUAAGAAGUCUGUCUUGUAUUGAUAUUUUAUUAUUAUAUUAAAAUUAGUAAAAACUGUCCGAAAAUCUAUAUAAGGACCAAUUAAACGUAUUUCGUUUUAGACGAUAGUUGAUACUGGAAAAAAAGUUCAGAUAUCGUUGUAAUUUACUUUAUAAUAAUUAGGUGAAAUAAACCACUAUGUAGUGCUCAGAAAGUGAUAUGGAAUGAUCACUAUUCUAUAGUUGGCUCGAUUCCGCCAUAAAUACGCUUAAUAUUUUUUAAGGGGUUGCGUAUAGGCAAUUUUGAAGAGAUUUUUGGACCAAUUUAAAAUUUAUAAUUUUAAAAAUAAUUGAAUAACAGUAGUUAGUAAAGUUUUAUCAUAGUUUUAUCCACCGUAUUUAUUUCACUAUUAUUGAGAUCCAACAAAUUUUACGAAUUUAAAGUUUAGGGGGAUUGGAAAAAGUGAUUUUGUGUCUUUGUCUUAUACACGUGCAACAUAGAAUUUAGACGUGUUCUGUUUUCAUCGUACCGAUUGGUCUAGUAAAGCGAUAAGAAUUUUGAAAACAGAUUUGAAUUUACCAUCAAGUCUGCUUGAAAUUGACUUUUCUACUUUUUUAAAUUUAAUCGUCUUAAAUUCUGAAAAACCCAUAAUAUGAAGAAGUAAUAAAAAAAUAGAAUAUUUUAACUUUUUCAGAAAUGUAUAUUUGCAUAUUUGCAUAAUGACGUAGGUAGCAUUAUACAUUUCUUGACUAAACUAUUAAGCUAUAAUAAUCCUACCAGCUCCUCUCCUGCCCUCCAGGAUAUCUUUUCUGCAAUAUGUCCCUUCUCAUCUGCUAUGCUUUUAUUAUUUGUUCCCUUUCAUACCACUUAAAUCCGUGUCCGUAUGCUAAACGAUUUAUACGCCGAUACGUCUCGGAAACAAGUUUAUGCAUGUAGUCGUAGUAAUCGGGUACAGGUAGAUUUUCUUAUGAACAUACGAGUAUAACCUCUGAUUAUCGUAUUUUUCUCUCUCUCGUUUUAUAGCUAGCCGCUCUCCAAGCCCCGUUCUAUUUGAACACGUUGGACAUGAAUCUGAUGACCAAAAGGAUUUUAAACGGAUUUUACCCGCCCAUACCGUCCGACGUUUACUCCGUCAAGGUGAGUACUUAUACUACACUUUACGAGUAUAUAAUCCUGGAGUAAAAAAUACAUACUUAUAAUUUUAUUUCACAUAAACCUCUACGUCAGUGGUUUCCAACCUUUUUAUAUCUGCGUACCAUUUGUGCAUUUUGAAUUUUUUCACGUAGGUACUACUGCACCCAAUAAUUUUUUGUUCUCAACUAAUUUUUAAAUUUGUUACUCGUACGUCAUAUAUCUACUCUUAUUUAUGGACUACGAUUCGUAAUGAGGCGUCUAAUUUUGUUUCGAUUAGAGUUUAAACAAUUAUUUUCUCAUAUUAUACUAUAAUAUAGUAGUCCGCUCUAAUCCCAAACUGGAAUUUUGACAUUCUUCUUGGGUCGAUCGUUUAUACAAUUUAACGGGUUAUUUGGAAAAGGGAACAUCUCUAGAAAUUCAAAUUUUACAGGAGAGACAAAAAGUCAUAACCAUAUCUGGUAGAUGUUCCCUUUUCGAAAUCAACGAAAAAAGACACAUAUUAUACUAUUACUAGGUAUAUGAAGUGAGUUUAGAUACAAAUAAUACAUUUUUGUAAAAAUCAAAAAAUGUCAAAAUAUUAGACAUGUUCCCUUUUCCAAAUACCUAAUCCAUUCAGUUAGAUAUUGAGUUUUGAAAUACCUUUUUUCUUCUUCGUUAAUUAGCUAAGAAAAAUGCGAUAUACUACACAAACAUUUGAAAUAAUAUACCUUCUCUCAAUACCUGUAGUAAGUAAUAUUCCUUUAAAUGUAUUUAAAUAAUAAAAAAAAUUGAUUAAAAAAUAACACGCGAUACUUUUCGAAUCUUUAUCAAAGCUACAUUGGAUACUGUAGAUUAUUGGUAGGUACGUACCGCGUAAAAUUAAAACUCCAGUACAGAACAAUUAUUGUUGUUCCGGUGAAAGAAUUUCUCCGUUUGAUCUAAAUGGCAGUAGAAAUUUGUGGACCAUAAUCACUGUAUAUGUGAAUAAUUGCAGAUGUAUAUACACUUUUAUCUGGUAUCAUGGCAAUUUUUAUUUUUUGUUUUCACACCCAUAAGCAGAUAACGAAAUUCGUCGACAGCUGCAUAAUAGUUGACCGCCGGUUCAGACCGAACAUUUCGCAGAUCCUGAGACAAGCUCGAAGAGGACUAGCCGAAUCCCACAAGUCUGAGUCCUCACCAUAAAUGUCACUAUACAUUUUUUUUUUUUUUUCAAAAUUUAAUAUUACCUACCAAAUAUCCAUGUGAUUUCUCAUCCACCAUUGUAAAUAUAGGAUAUGUACAAGAAAAAAAAGUAGACCGUCAUCAAAUAAAUAGUCAUGUUUUUUUAUUAGAAUCGGAUCAUACAGUGAAUAAAAUAUUGUGGUUCAUGAAUCUCAAAAACAAUAUGAAUUGUUCAACACUAUUAUUUUUAUGUUGUACAAUCAUAAACGAAUUAAAAUCAAUAUAUAUUGUAUAUAUUUUAUUUAUUUCAUUUUUAUACAGUAUUAUUUUCAUAUUUAGGGCUUAAGAAUACAUGUACAACAACGAUUGAUUGAUGAUAUUUUUUCCAUACAUAAAUUAUAUAUCAUAUACAUAUAUUGUAUUGUGUAUUUAUAUAAUUGCAUGUACAAUUUACAUGUUUUUAUUUAUUCUUUUUACACAAUCAAGAGAAAUGAAAACUGUUUCUAAAAUUUGUUUUUAUAAGCAUUUUGUAACAUUAUUAUUCUUAUAUAUAUAUAUAUAUAUAUAUACUUUGUUAUAAUAUAAUAUACUCAACAUAAAAUAUAAUAAUUAUUAGGUAUAUACUAUUAUAAAUAGAAACAAAUUUUAGUCCUAAAAAAUUGAUUAUUAAUUAGAAAAAAAUUGUUCUUUAUUAUACAUACUAAAAUAGGUAUGGUAUUACAUCAACGAAAAAUGUAUUAUUAUAAUAUUGGAGCCAUUUGUUUUUUGUUUACCUACAUAAAACUAAGUUUUAUACAUUAUAUACUUGUACAAUUUGUACAGACACAUAUAUUAUGUUAACAAUAUAAUAUAUCUAAUAAUGUAAAAAUACUUAAAUAUUAAAUGGUGUUAUACAACGUCUAAAUGAUAAGAAAAAAAAAUAGACUAUAUCGUACAUUAUAAUAAUUACAUACCUAUAAUUAUAUUCAAGACCACAUUUGUCAAAAAUCUUAAAUCAAAAAUAAAAUUAUUUUCAAAUAAUUUGUUUCAUAUACCUAUGUAAUUAUAUAUGAUUUAUAACAAAAAUAAUAUAGCAUUAAUUACUAAAAUAUAAUAUUCAUAAGUUGUUGCAGGUAGAAAAUGUUUACAGGUAAUGGGUACAGAGUAAUUUUGAAAUUGGCAUUACCUGGUUUUAGACACCGGGUAAUUUUUAUAUUAAACUAUAUUAUGUUACAAAUAGGUACUAAUAUAAUAACCUUGUAAAAAAUGUAUAUUAUUAUGUUAUAAAAAAAUAGCAUUUAAUUAACAACUCAUGAUAUUAUUAUGAAUCAGUACUUAUAACUAAGAGUUUUAAGCCCCAUCUAAAAUAAAAUCUUUAAUAAUUUUCAACAGUAUUAAAUAUUUAAAUGUGGGUAAUGUUAUGGUUUCUAAAAAAAUAAUAUUUGCAUUUUAUAAGUGCCUUGAAUAUAAUAAAAUGUACACCGCACUAUCUAUGGAAAAUAAUAAUUCAUUAUAUAAGCUGAUACUGUUUUAGGAGUUUAUAGGUAACAAGCAAGCAUUGAUUGUUAUAUAAAAUAAUUGGCUGUUGAUUUUACUUUGAGAAUUGUUAAUUUUUUUCAAACAAGGCACUCACCAGAUAAUAAUUCUGUUAGCUGGGUACAGAGUAUCUAAAGAAAAAAAAAAACACCCAGGUAUGCCAAGUCCUAACUGAUUACCUGUGACAACUUGUAUAUACAAAUAUAUACUCAUAUAAAUAUAAUCUCUUAAUUGGUUUUUUUUUUAAAAAUAAAUUUCCCAUACAGAAAAGAUAACUUAUUAUUUUAUGUAGCUACUGCAUAUUAUACAAACAUAACCAUUUGAUGGUAUUAACAUAAUAUUACUAUUAUUAUUAUUAUUCUAUAUAUUUUCUAUUAACUAAAAUAAUAAUUAAAAAAAAAAAAUUAUAUAAUAUUAUUUCAACAUUAAUAUAAUAUUGUGAUAUACCUAUUUAGUUUGGUUUUUCAUUAUUUUUUUCAAUAUAAUAUGUUACUGGUAAAUUUUGAAAAUUUCUAUUAAAAAUAUCUAUUAUUUUACUAAAAAAAUAAAUGUAAGUAAUUAAUUUAAUAGGAUUUCAUUUAUAUCACAUCAUUUUUGGUUUUACAUCCCACGAAAACAGUAUUUUGUCUAUUAAAAAGCAGAAAACAGUACAAUAUAUUAUUAUUUAAUAAUUAAAAUAUGUUUCAUAAUAAUUAUAAAAAAUUUCCCUGGCUGUUCCAACAUCAAAUUGAUUAUUGCCAUCACUUAGAAUUAUUUUACAGUAACAUAUUACAGUUACCCCAUUAAAUAACAACUUAUUAUUAUGUAUUAUUUACGAUCACCCUCCAAAUAUGUACUUUGAAUGUUAAUUUAUUGCUGCUUUUACAUUAAAAAUAAUAUCAAUAAUAAUAAAUAGUAAUGUAUAAUAAUUAUAUUUCAAAAAUAAUAUAUAUGAGAAAAAAAUAAUGUGAAAUGCAAUAUUGUAUAAUUGUUAAUUUGUGUGUGGAAAUGUACAAAGACAUAUUACGCUGAAACUGAUUUCGCAAGACUUUUAACACAAUUAUAGCAACCCCAUAAAUCUACAUACAGGUUUUUUUAAAUUUUUUAAAACAAAAUUUAAAUCAAAAUAAAUUGUAAAUUACAUUACAUAAAAUAGUAUGAUAAUAUACUAUAAUAUAUAUAUAUAUAUAAUAUAUAUAUAUAUAUACAUAAUAUUGUUGAUACCAACUUAUUAAACAAUUUACUACACUGUAUAUCGUAUAUUUAUAUGCAUAUAAAUAUUUUUUUAAAGUUGUUAUUUUGACAGAAGCAUAGGUGGGACUUAGAAAUGCCAAAUUUUAAGAAAUUUGUUAAUCAAAAUAACAUAAUAUUUAGCAAGUAUUGUUCUUAUUAAAAGCAAUCUGUCAUUUCAGCAAUAAUUUAUUAGUAACAUAAUGAUUAUUUAUUGAAUAAGGGAGACCAUUUAUACAAAUAAUAUUAUAAUUACAUUUAUAUUUAUAAAAAAAAUGCAGUUAAAAAAAAAUAAUAAAGAUCUGUCACAUAUACAUGCAAAUGAACCUUCAUUUAUAUUAUAUUAUACAUAAUUAUUAUGAUGAUCUAGAACAUAGUAUAAUUAUCUGGGAUUUUACUAUUACAGUAACAAUAAGCAUAUAAAUAUAAUCUAAAUUCAUUGAAAUACUUUCUUUCCAAAAAUAUAUAGAUCAUCAGUCUGGAUAGGGCAAGGGAGAAGAUUGUCACAAAUAAUAUUAUCACAACAUAUAUAUGUGUGUGUAUAUAUCACAUAUAAUUCUGGACAUUAAAAACAUACAUAUAUAUUAAUGUGAUAUUAUUAUAAUAUAAAAGUAGUAGGUAAUAUUUAGUCAAGGCAGUAAUGUAGUGAAAUAAUUUUUCAUUGCAAAAGAUACAUAUAUUACCAAAGUAGUAUAGUAAUAUGGAAAUUAUAGAAUGCUCCCCCUCCCGUUUUUUUUAUACAUAUGUCUCAAUAUAAUUCUGAACAGAAUUUUAAGCCAAUAUUUAAUUUAAAUGAGGGCAGGGAAACUAAAACGAAUGGGUGUUCAAAAGCUGAAGUUACCUCUGAUGAGCAUUAUUAUUACUAUUAUAAAAAAGUUAUGCAUGGUUGUUUAAUAAAGCAACUUUGUGAGAGACAACAAACCAAUAGUAUUAAUCAUUUAUUAACAUUACGGAAUUGUAUUAAUAUUUUUACAUCAGAGGUAAGUACAUGUUAGUAUAUUUUAAUUUAAUAUUAAUAAUAUUAUAAUAAAAUAUGUUAAUGGUUUAGGCAAACCAUAUAACUAUGUAUAUAUAUAUAUAUAUUUUUUUUUUUUUAAAAAAAGAACAUUUAAUCAGUAAAACUCAUAUUUAAAUAUUACAUUGAUAUACUUGUUGAUUAAUUUUUAUGUACUUAUAUAAAUAUUAUUUUUUUGUUUUUGUUUUUAUAUAUUUAUUCU